CGUUAUGAUCUACUUCAGUAGUUAUAGUUUAUUUUUCUUUAAAUAAAAAAAAAAUAUACAGUUAUCAUACUUGCUUUUUGUUGAAUUUUUUGAAAAAAAAGGUCUCGAAAUGUUUUCUAAACGUAUGGUUAUAUCAAUGAUAGUAAUUGGUUGCUUGGUUCAAUUCAUGACUUGUGCACCGGAAAAAAGACAAAUCCAAGCACCCAAUAGCCCAUCAAGAAGACUUCCGGGAAGUAAACCGCCCGCACCAAGCACAACGAAACCCAGUGCGGGUCGUCCAACUGGUUUAUCAAAACCACGUGCAGUACCAACACCAAAGAAUGCGGGACCUACAGACAAGACUCCAACCAGGGAUUUGUCAAAGAAACCGACCGGACUCAAGAAACCUGAAGCUGUUAGUCCAAAUGCAAAUAAUGAUUACAUUGCUGAAAACGAAGGAUCCGAUGAACAACCUGUUAGUGGUUUUAGAAAAUUGUUCAGAAAAUUAAAUGGUAUAAGAAAAUACGCAUGUCCAUUUAGAAUUGCUAGCAAAAUAUAUGGAAAGGGCAAAAGACUUAAAUCUAGGAUGAUGAAAGCAAUCGGAGUAAAAUCAUCGAGAAAUGAUAAUGAAGAUAACUCAGACCCUAAUUAAAAUGAUAUACAAGAAACAGUCAUAACAGUUUUACUGAACACACCUAUAAUAUUGUAUGACAGUUAUUAAAUAAAAAUAUAGUUAAUAAUAUAUCGUGUAUAAAAAGUGUAUUGAUUAAGUUCAUUUUUAAUGUGACAUACAGUGAAACCUCUAUAUAGUGGACAGCCACGGGGAAUUGAAAAAUGUCCACUAUAGGGAGACACGAUAGGGAAUUGGUUAUACACUGUAUAUGAACAUAUACAUUGGAAUAUUAAUUUAUUAUUUAUUAUACUAUAAUAUAAGUAUGUGUAUGUAUAUUGUAUGUAUAAUGUAUGUAUUAAAAAUUAUUAUAAGAAUAUUUAAUGAUUAUGUACAAUUAAAAAAAUCUGUAAUUUUU